AUAGACACCUUUCGCAGAGGAUUCAACGCGCGUACACUGCGCUCGUUCGGAAAGCAGCGCGUUGGAAAAAUAAAAGUUUGAAAGCCGGAGCCGGCUCAGUUCAGCCCGAGAGCGCGGCAGUCAAGUCGCGUUGAACGAUAACACACGAUUUAAACGACAAAAGUGCCUGAAUUACGAAGAAAGAGUGCCUUCAGUGAUAGUGAUUGCCAGUGUUUUAACGGUUUUUGAUCAGUUUUAGUAAUUUAUUAUUACUAAGUGUACUGUAUAGUGUUUUAAUAUAAUUUCUAAGUGAUAUUUAGAAGACUUGCACUAUGGAGCUAAGGAGAUUUACCCUGUGUAUGGCGCUGUUCGUGCUAGCGUUCGCGCAAUGUUCAGAAUCCCACUCGAUGCAUCGUCGGCAGGCGGCUGAUGAUGAGAACUACGACUUCCUUGGAGACGAAGGAACCGAUGAUGAUACCAUGAAUGAUACUGAUGGUAAUGCAGAGCCUCAAGUACAAAUGGAGCCGGCAAAGAUUGAGACUACUCCCGCGUCCUACGAGGUAGAGGUUGGAGGAGAGGUCCGGUUGGAGUGCAAAGUUACUCCUGAGAGAACCGUGAUAACAUGGCACAGGAACAACGACCCUUACUUCAUGGGUACCUUGAAGAUGCACCCUGAAGAAGUCAGAUAUUCCAUAGCGGACAACUCCAAAGACAUGGUGAUCAGGAAUGCGAAGGUGGAAGACAGCGGAGUGUUCAAAUGUGAGACCAUUGAGAAGGUACCAGUAGCUAUCAACCACACGCUGCUCGUCACACAGAAGCCUUCUAUUGUCAAUAUGACAGCGACCAACGGUGGCAGCGUGGGCGAGGGUACCGACCUGACUCUCUCCUGCUUCGUGACUGCUUCUCCUGUGCCAACCGUCAUCUGGUCUGUCACUAGGAAGGAACGCCCUAACGAGCGCCUGACAGAGAAGGACGCAGAAUUCAACGUGGUCGGAAACCAGUACACCAUGCGUAUCAAGAAUGUGAAGAGCAAGGAUGCUGGACAAUACUACUGUUACGCUAUCAACAAGUUGGGCAGCGACCAAUCAGAAGCCAGCGUUGUUGUUAAUGGCAAACCUCAAGUCCAUGUGCCAAGGACCGUUGUGAACUCCGACCUCAAGAUUGAAGCUGUUCUCCAGUGCGUCGCUCAUGAGGAAGCCAGGCCACACAUCCGUUGGUACAAAGACGGUGUUCUGAUUGAGGACAGCGAGACCAAGUACGUGAUCAGCACCGAAGGAUCCCACUCCAACCUGACUGUGUCACCUUCUGCUGACGGAGACUUCGGUACUUUUACUUGUGAGGCUGAAAACGACUAUGGCACCCACAACCGUUCCAUUGAGCUGGUUCAAAGCCCAGUGGUUGAAGAUGUGGACAUCGACGGCCCCCGCAUGACCUGGACUGUCCACUCCCACCAGCCUUUGGAAGAAAUGGAAGUGCAGCUUAAGGCUACUACUGAUGAAGGUGAAUGGCGUACCCUCAGCGUCCCAGUCCCUGAAGGCAGACACCACAAGUACGACAUCAGCUACUCUUUGGAGGACAAACAGCUGCCUAUUGGAGAGUACCUCGCCGUCGUGAAAGUCAAGAACUCCAAGAGCUGGGGUGGUUCCAACGAACCCGUUACUGUUAAUAUUCAAGAUCCACAGUCGCUGUACAUCCAGACCGCAUCAGUGUUCCGUGAAAACACAGGUGGAGCGCAUUCCAUUCGACCUGUAUACUCAGCAUUAACGACAAUCCUGAUGUAUCUCCUCGUUCGAAUGCUUUAAAAAAACUAGCAUAACUUAUUUAUUGUUAUCAAAAGUAUUCGAUUUUUAUCCGAGACAAAACGAUUUAACGCUGUUAAUUACAUUUAAAAAUUAAAACGCUUCAAAAUUUUGCUAAUAUCUUAAAAAAAAAAACAGUAAAAAAUUCGCUGUUUUUUUUUUGUAAAAAUUUUUUUAGGCAGGUAUUGAAAUUUUUUUUACUAUUUGUUUUGUCUCCGUUCCAUGAGUUUUCUUUAUAUAUUAUUGUACAGAAUACAUGGUAAGGAAAUUAAUUUUUAUUUUUAGUGUAAGUUGAAAAUUUUGAAACUUAAGGUUUGCGAAGAUACUUAAAUUUUUUUUUGAUAAAUUGUUGGCUAACUUUUCUAAGGUAUCACAUGGCGAAUGGGCCAGACAGCUGGUAGAAAUUAGUUCUUGAAAAAUAUAAAAUGCAUCUAAAUGCACUCUCGAAAUGAAAUACCAAAAUUAAAAUGAAAACCUACCAGCUGACAGGUUCAACGUUUUUAAUUUCCGUUAGACCUAAAUAUUAAAACAAAGUAAAUUCAAGACUUGAGAAUCUAAAAAAAACCUUUCUUUUGCAACAAUCCAUUGGAUGCUUUUAUUAAAAUAAAUUUUAUUAAAAAAGCAUUUCAAAAAACGCAGCUUUUAAAUUAAAUUUAAGUAAAAAAAAUAUGUUUAAAAAAUGACAGCUACUUCGACCGGCUUCUAGUAAUGUAAAUAUUUAUUAUUAUUGAGAAAAAAAAACAUUUUUUUAAUUUUUAAUACCUAUUUCGCUGAAUUUGAUACUAAAAUUAUUUUUUAAAAUAAACGACGUUCCCAUUUUUCACUUUUAAUGAAAUUAAAAAACCGCACUAAAGCAAGCAAAUUAGUAAGUCUUUUUAGUCUGCUAUUUUUUUUUAGUUUAUACAUUUAGUCGAUUUUUUUCUCACGCUAAUAUAGUUUUUUUAAUAGGUAAAUAUUACCAAAGUGUAUUUAAGAUCACAUUAGUAUGUAUAAGUUUAUUUUAAUUAUGUAUUACAAUUGAUUAAAUGCUUAUUAAUUAAUUAUUAAAAAUAUUUAAACUGUAGGAUUUAAUUAGGUACCUUUUGGCUUUUGAUAUAACUAUCGUUGAAAACAAUCGUAUGAUGUUUUUUCUUCUAUUUUUAUUAUGCUAACGCUUUCAAUGUAAAUGGUUAAAAAGUACAAUAAAUAAAUAAAUAGUUAUUUUUAAAUGUAAUAGUGACUUUCUAAAGAUAAGUGUGGCUUUAGGAUUUUUUUAUAACUUUUUGUCAAAUCUCGAAUAUUUUUAUCGCAUCUAUUGGGAAUCAUUAUUCGUAUAAUAAUACUGUUUCCUUUUGUUUUUUUUUUACACAACAUUUUUUUAUAAUUUUACUUUGUAAUAUUUUUUUGGGAAAUCCAACUCCUAAAGCUAAACUUGUCGAUAGUUUUAAUAAAAUAAUAAAAUAGUGACUAAUAUGUACAACAAGUCAAGUUAGCUGCCAUAAUGACUUUGAACGCAGAAAAACCUUUAACACAAUCGUCACAAAAUUAAAUUACAGAGUCAAAAAAAUUCAUUUCAUUCUGUAAAAGUACUUUUCUCUUCUUCCUAAUCUGUAAUUAUCACCUAUUAGUCUGUAAUUCGAAUAAAUAAAAUAAAAAUUCGACUGUUAUUAAAAUUAAAUAUUCAUUUUUAGCGUUCAAAGUGUUGAAGAGAAAUAAUAAUAAUAAGAAUUUAUAUAUUACCAGUUAUAAAAAUGUAGAUGUAAAAAACAAUGUGCCUGUAAUUUAUUACAAACAUACAAUAGUUCCAAACAAGGUGCUUAGUUUUUUAAAAUAAAAUAAAAUAAAUAAAUAGAUACAUUCUUCCAUUUUUAACUUAAAAUAUUAGUGAAAAAUAAUACCUACUAGUCUUUAAUGUGUAUUACAGAAAGGGGUUUUAAAAUAAUGUAAUAGUUCUGUGAACAUAAAAAAAAUUUGCAGCUAAUACCAUUUUUUCUGUUUAAAAAAGACGUCAUUAUCAAAUAAACAUUUUGAUUCAAAAGAAAAUGCUACAGAAAGAAUAUUAUACCAGUGAAAUGUAAUUAUUAUUUUUUUGUUUAUAAACAAUUGUUUCCAUCACUAUUACCAGUUAAAAGCAGUACAUUAUUUUUAACCAAAAAAAAAUCAUAUAUCACGUAUUUAAAAAACAAAAUAAAAUAAUAAGUCUGUAAUAUCAGAAUUUUUCAAAAUAUCACAAUGUCAUAGCAUUUUUACCAUAAUAUCGAUAUGUAAUAGUAAAGUACAAUAGUCGAUAUUCCUUUUAUCGAUAUAGUAGACAUUUUAUCGAUAAUAGUUGGAUGUAUUGUAAAGUAAUUGUUCAUGUAAUGUAUUUGUGCCUUCUUUAUACCUAAAAUAUAAGAGGGUGAUAUAUUUUUUCUUUAACGAAUAAAUGAUUAAUGUUUGUAAAUAUAAUUAA